GGAAGCUGUUGAGGAUUGCAUCAGCGUCAUUUUACAUUCUGUCGCUCGUGCAGUGCGUCUCUGUAGGCACAUCACUCACCUCAAUCAAAACUUUGGUACAGUGGUGAUCUGCGGUCCGAGACAACUUGUUCCCAACUUGUUCAGGCUGUUCCCACAGUUCAAGUUUCGGAAAUUCUGCUCUUUGAGGUGUCGAUCGAUGAAGACUGCAGACAUUUAGUGGAGCUGAAUCAGUAAGGCAGCACUUUGGUAUGAAGACAUAUGUUGGCAAGGUCAUAUCUGACAAGGCCAACAAAACAAUCCUGGUGGCCGUGGAUCGAUGGAUGAUAGUGCCCAAGUACAAAGUAAAGAUCAAGCGCACUUCAAAAUUCAUGGCGCAUGAUGAGAACAAUGACUGCCGCAUGGGAGACAUUGUGCGGAUACACAUAUCAAGGCCUCUCAGCAAAAACAAGACCUGGCGAAUGACUGACAUUCUACGGCGAGAGAGGGUGUACGAUGCAGAAGCAGCUGCCAAGGAAGCAGAGCAGAGACCAUCAGAUCUGCCGCCAUCUUUGGGAGGCUCACAGCCAGGAAAUCUCAACAGAGGUUUUGCAGCAUCAGCAGUCUUGUGAUGACAGGCUUGCCGUUCGCUGUGCAGCCUCUUGGAGAGAUCAUUGAAUUUUUUCUGUCUGCGGCAUCUUGUCAGUGGAUAAGAGAGCUGCUUGUGACAAGCGCUGGCACGCUCGUCAGCUGCUUGGAAUGAUAGAGCUUUACAGGGUAGACCGGUAGAGGCUUUUAGUUCAGGGUAAAUGACAGGCUAGUGGCGUUCUGCAGCCAGUUCGCGUUGAGUGUGGAGUAGUCCAUGGCUGUUGCUAAGGGGUCUGGUCAUGAAUCCAGUUGGCAGACCAGGGAUUGUGAUCUAUGUCACUUGACGAUGCAUGUUGGACCAUGAACAUUCUUAGCUCAGAAAUUCUGAAGCUUGAAGCUCAGUCGUGCAAAUGGGAGUCCAGUUUGGUACUAUUAGAAGGCUUCCGUUAUAGCUACUGUACUUCCAAGUUGAGGCGGUGCGCGUGUGCUAGCACUGCCGCAGUCAACGUCGCAACCGCAACAUGCUUGAGACCGCUUGCAUCAGGAUGAUCCAGCAUUUGAAAGCCAUAAUCAUUAUGAU